AAUGCCCAACAGCAGCUUCCCCACAGAGUUCCUCCUCCUGCCAUUCGCAGACACACGCGAGCUGCAGCUCCUGCACUUCGGGCUCUUCCUGGGCAUCUACCUGGCUGCCCUCCUGGGCAACGGCCUCAUCCUCACAGCCGUAGCCUGCGACCACCGCCUCCACACCCCCAUGUACUUCUUCCUCCUCAACCUCGCCCUCCUCGACCUGGGAUCUAUCUCCACCACUGUCCCCAAAGCCACGGCCAACUCCCUUUGGGACACCACAGCCAUUUCCUAUGCAGGUUGUGCUACCCAGGUCUUUACGUUAGCUGUCUUUGUCACAGCAGAGUUUUAUCUUCUCACCAUCAUGGCCUAUGACCGCUACAUUGCCAUCUGCAAACCCCUGCACUACGGGACAAUAAUGGCCAGCAGAACUUGUGUCAACAUGGCAGCAGCUGCCUGGGGCAGUACUUUUCUCAAUGCUGUGCUGCACACUGCCAAUACCUUUUCCCUCCCCCUCUGCCAAGGCAAUACCCUGGACCAGUUCUUCUGUGAAAUUCCCCAGAUCCUCAAGCUCUCCUGCUCAAAUGCCUACCUCAGAGAAGUUGGGCUUCUUGUGGUUAGUGUCUGUUUAGCAUCUGGGUGUUUUGUUUUCCUUGUGCUUUCUUACAUGUGGAUCUUCAGGGCUGUGCUAAGGAUCCCCUCCCAAAAGGGCCGGCACAAAGCCUUUUCCACGUGCCUCCCUCACCUGGCUGUGGUCUCCCUGUGUAUCAGCACUGCAAUAUUUUCCUACCUGAAACCCCCCUCCAUGUCCUCCUCAUCCCUGAACCUUUUGCUGGCAGUUCUGUACUCGGUGGUGCCUCCAGCAGUGAACCCCCUCAUCUACAGCAUGAGGAACCAGGAGCUGAAGGAUGCAGUGUGGAAACUGAUGAUGGGAUGUUUUUCAGAAGCAGUAAACUGCCUGUCUUCUGCAUAUCACUCAUAAAAUAACUUAUUAAA